AAAAAAAAGGAAGCGCGAGACACCCGGAACUUGCCUCGUCUCUCAUUCACAGCGUGACAGCGCGCCAUAAGACGCGCAUCUGUAACUGCGGGAGUAGAAGCUGUAACUGUUUUUAUGGUGGUAGAAGUCUUGUAAACGGUCUAUCUUUUUGAGGUAGGCAAGCAGAUGUUCUUGCCAAGUUAGACUCUUUCUUUGUGUCGGAGAGGUAUUCCCUAAAAGUAAUUUUGACCGAAGGGUGCUGGGGGUCUUUAAACUGCCCACAGCUAAUCGUCGGGCGGUGUCACUUCCCUUUUCUGGUGCCCAAGAUUUCACGGUCCUAUAUAAACGCAUACAGUUACAGGUGGGUAUAAGUUACACAGUGCAUUCCCGAGAUGGCAUACAUGAAAGUUGAAAACCAUUCUGGGUCAGUCCUUCAUCUGAAAAGGUCUCCAGGUAUGAGAUCCUGGGCAUUACUAGUUGGGAUAUCAUUCAUAGGCUUGGCUGCUGCUUACUACAGUUCAGACAGCUGGGGAUGGAGACUGUUUUAUGUGGCAGGGUGCCUGUUCGUUGCAGUACAGAAUAUUGAAGAUUGGGAGGAAGCAAUGUUUGACAAGAAAAGGGGGAAAGUUAUUUUGAAGACAUUCAGCCUUUACAAGAAAAUAUUAACACUGCAAGGAGGUGACCAAGAGCAAGUUGUAGCCCAGAUUGACGAUAUCCGUGAUGUCACUGUGGAGGAAGAGAAGGUCCGUUACUUUGGUAAAGGAUACCUGGUGGUGCUGCGGUUUGGAACAGGCUUUUCACACCCCCUUACCCAAAGUGCAACAUUAAGUGGCAGAAGUGAAGUUGACUGCAUUGCAAUGCUGAUUAUAAAGUUUCUAGACCUUGAUCUUAUCAAGAGCUCAAGAGAAUUCUCACGGGACAGUGACACGGAUAACAGUGAAACAGCAGUAAAUCAGGAAAAGAAAUCACAGUGAUUUUGCUGAUUUGGAAUUUGCCUUAUGAUUAUUUUGAAGAAAAACAGUAUUUCCAGCAACAGCAAGAGUUUCCCAGGAUCAAACAUACAAACAUGUUUGCAUGAAAAAAUUGUUACUUCUUCUGAGGUUACUUAUAAUGUAAGUUAGGAAAUCUCUCUCUUCCUCCCUUUGCUGCAUAUUAGGAUCACACAUUGUUUAUGCAUUUUAGUUUGUAUUUUUACAGCAGUUGCUCUGUAGAGAAACUGGUGUAAUCAAAUGUAGGUGGUUAUUAUUUAUAUGUCAGGUUUUAAUGUUUUUACAGCAGCAGCUUUGCAAAAAAAUUGGUGUAAUUAAAUAUAGGUAGUUUUCCGCAAAGGGACUGUGACAACCCAAGCUUGUUGCAACAGAUACCAGCUGCUUGGCUACUGAUCUGAUUACAUUAGGCAUUAUAAUGAAAGCAUUGAAUAGGCUAGCUGUCACUAUCUUGGUUGGGUAAGCUGAGUCAUGAAACAAAGCCAGUUGUCUUCAUACAUACCAUUAGAACAAGAAAAGCUGCCUAUGGUGCCAAAUGUAUUAAUGCUGUUAAGUGACACAUAUGAAGUCUGACAUUUUUCCCAAACAUUUUCAUAGCCAUUGGUUAUGACCGAGUUGGAAACCAUAAUUGCAAAACAACCACUGUCAAAUUAAAAUUAAAUAAAUAGUUAACCAGAUAAAUAAAGGAUGGAUGUCAGAGUCUUCUGUCAAUAAAAGUUGCAAGGCAGAAUAAGACAAAUGUACCAUAACAUUAUGAAUUUUGAAAAGCACCUUGAAUUUUGGGGUGGCAUUAGAUUGCAUGAAAGUUCUAGUAGCACACUACACCCUGAAACAAUACUGGCUCUUGUUCCAAAAUCCAGAGGUCUCAUAAUAAGAAUUAUGCUACUGGUAGGUGAAGACCCAUAUGAGAUACUUAAAAACACUAUGGGUGGUGUCAGACAAUACAGGUUCUUGCUGUUGUAAACAGAACAAGAAGGGAGUUUUUUUUAAUUAUUUGUGUAUUUUUUUAUUUGAACUUGUGUGGACUGUCUAACUACAGUGAUGGCUCAGUAGUUGCAGUGGGUACUUUAGUUUCACACCAUGGCCAGUACAGUGUUUAUGUUGUGUGUGAACUUGCUGCACUAUGAAAUCACUGUGCACGAUCACUUUGACACCACAACUGUAGUACAUUAACUAGUAUAAGAUUCAAUUCCUACCUGUGUAUGAGACAUGGUUUAUAUCCAUUGCAGACAUAGUUAAAAAAAAAAAACACUAUUUGGCCACAGCUUCUAAUUCUUACAGUGCCACCACCUUUUUUGGGUGUAUUAUAAACCUUACUGGUUGUCAGCAGCUGGUAAUGCAUUAUCCUUUUUUUGUAUUUUUUUAAUGAUUGAAAAAAAUAGGUGUAGUAGCCUGACUAGUCAUUUUGCUUUUUCAGAGCUGAAGUUGUUUUGCUAAUUAAAACAUUUAAAACAAUCUAAACUGUACAUAGUAAUUAAUUUAAAGAUAUCAGAGUAAUGUAUUAUUAUGGUACUCUUUUUAUAUUUUGUGUGCUGCAGUUAUUUGGAUUGUUAGUCCUUUUAGUGUGAUAAAUAUGCUUUCCUUCUUUUUGUAUGCAUAACUGCAUUCAUUCAUGACUAACCUUGUACUUUUCCCAUAACUGCUAAAUUAGAAUGGUGUGACUGAGUUUAAUGCUUGCACUGGAUGUAAUACUGUAACAGCUGUGUGGGUUUAUGGGCAUACCUGCAGUGGUAAUAUCGCACUGCAUUUACGCCCAUCUCUGUUGGAGUAGGACAUUUUUAUCACAUGAGUUGGUGGGCAGUACUACAGAGCACAGUAAGUAAACUGAUGAAAGGAAGUAAUCAUACAGUCAUCUUCUAAGUCUGGGCAUCAUAUGUCUGUUAUAUAUUUCUUUUUUAAUAGUGCAUUUUUGUAGUUACUUUUUUCAAGAAAAAAUAAAUAAACUUACUCUUUAAUUUCA